CCAUCUCCUUUCAGCUUACUGCGUACCGCAUGGAUGACUGGUCGCGACUGCUGAUUUUGUACGGAAGCCAGACGGGUCAAAGUAAAUCUCUCGCAGAACGUCUGGUUAUGCAAGCGAGAAGUUUAUUUGAUAUCCCCUUCCAUGUAUCAUCCAAAGAGACACGUAAGGCUUCUUUAGGGAUUAAUUUGCAGCCGCUGGACUCCUACUUACCCCUGUCUCGCCUUUCCAAAGAAACCGGGAUAGUCAUCUUCAUAUGCUCAACUACAGGUUAUGGUGUGCCCCCGGACAAUAUGCGCAUUUUUUGGCGCCGAAUUAUGAAUAAGAACUUGCCUGUCGGGCAUGCUCUGUCAUCCAACGUUCGUUUUGCCGUCCUUGGACUCGGAGACUCAUCCUAUCCGAAAUUCAACAUAGUUGCCAAAAAACUCUAUCGACGCCUUGUCCAGUUAGGGGCUUCUCCAUUGCAUAUAGUUGAUCCCUUCAGUGAAGAUCGUACUGAUCCCGGUCUGGGGUUAGCUGACGAAGAAGCCGACCUUGGAGUGAACACUUUGUUGCAGUGGUGGAUACCUCAGUUGUGGACUAUCGUUUCCAAGAUUUUUCGAGUUUCUUUUGUCCCAGGUAUUCCCGUGCCUUUAUCCCUCCCUUUUCUUGAAAGUCCCUCUUUUAUCUCCAGUUUCUGGCCUAUCUUUACCGUCAAGGUUUGUGAGAACUCACCGAAUCGUAUCGUAAAUAACAUGAUUGAUUCUGUUGGCUCAUCUAUCGAAGCAUGUACCCUGCGCUCCGGUUCGGUCCUUUCUCCACAGAUACAGACCUUACAGAUUGUCGAAAACGUUCGUGUCACAGCCAACGAUCAUUUUCAAGAUACUCGUCUAAUUACACUCUGUGUAAGUUGUUUUGCAUAAUAUUAAUUAGUAUAGCGUCAGACACGCCUCACUUCCCAACACUAUACCUUGCCCGACUUUCUCAUGCAACAGCUCCAUAACUAGUCGAUUUACCCUGUGUACGAGCGUUGUACUUUUUGUGGGAACUGGAAUGCACGUGCCUGACUUACACAGUUACAUUUUUUCUGUUGGACUGCUGACAUUUGUUACAUUCCACUAUUUUUUGUACGUCCUGAACCCUCAUACUUUUUAUACUUGAUGAAAGUGACCAGAUGCGUCUUCACUUUUACAGACAACGAUUCUCAGUAACUUGUCAACUAUCUAGACACGAUCAUUGAGUUAUUCAACGGUUUUGCUCUUUCACAUCUCCGCCUCACCUUUGACGCGCCAUUUGCCCGGCACUUCACUUAUUAGGAACUAAGUAUGCUAUUGGUAUCCAUUCUAUCUUAUUAUAUUAUUAUUAUUAUUAUUCAACACUUGACCAAUGUACAAUUGGCAGUGCCACAACACCUA